AUGGAAACCAUUACUCACAUACUUCAAGAAGUGCGUGAUUACUGGGCUGAUCAUUUCUCUCGCAGAUUUUACCCCAGAAGGCCACCACUUCGCCAAGCAACCUCUUUAUCUACUUUCUACCUCUUGGACUAUAAGACAAGGCAAGCGGAAUUGGGAAUGGAUUAUAGCCUUCCAUGUACUCAACUGAGCAAAGCAAAGUUUGUCUUCCAUGAUGGUGAGUGGCAGAGCGAUAGUGUUCCCCAGCAAAUGCCCUUACUGCACUUACUUCCUUCUAACAAGGAAUCCUCUUACAAGGGACUGAAGAAAGAAAACAAAGCCCUGUUGGAAGAGAAUAAUUACUUGAAGCUACAGCUUGAGCUGCUGAUGGACAUGUUGACAGAGACCACAGCCCGACUGCAUACAGUAGAGAAAAAGCUGGACACAACUCCAUGGCACCCUAAGAUAAAAAAGACAAAUAAGGUGCUGAUGCUUCGGUCUUAA